UACAACACUGCCGGCUACUCGGCUCAAGAUGUCGCUGUUAAACGUUAGUAGAACUGUCAUGAAUAUAAACUACAUCUAACUUCACGCGUCCAUUUUUUACUUCCUUUUCCGUGUUAGCUGUGAAAGAAUAAACAUGCCGCUAGCCAAAGAUUUAUUGCAUCCUUUGCCCGCUCAAGAAAAGCGUAAGCACAAGUUGAAGCGCUUGGUGCAACACCCUAACUCCUACUUCAUGGAUGUUAAGUGCCCCGGCUGCUACAGAAUCACCACCGUCUUCAGCCACGCUCAAGGCGUUGUUGUAUGUGCGGGAUGUGCUACCAUCUUGUGCCAGCCAACCGGUGGCCGUGCUAAGCUCACAGAAGGUUGCUCUUUCAGAAGGAAGCCUCAAUAAAUGUGAUGUUUUAGUUUGCUGCCUCAUCAUAAUUUUUUCAAAUUUAAUUUUUUAACAACCAGAAAAAACAAAAAAAACAAUAAAAACUUUUUCGUUCUGAAAAGAUAAGAAAGUAUCAAUCAACUAA